UGGACUGCCCAAAGGUAAGACAGAGACUCCAUCCAGCUGAAUCCGAGAGGCAGUGUUUAUUGUAUCAUCCUGAACUCUUAGUCAAGAUGGACAAUCAAAAGCGGGAGACACUUUCCACUCUAGUAGAGGAGCUGACCACCUCAGGACAACCCCAACUUGAUUCUUCUAAAAUGAAGCAGCUGAAACAAAUAUGCAAAUCUUCUAAUGAAUAUAUUGAUCAUAUCUACCACUUAAUCAUGACCCAGUUAAAUGAAGACCAUGCAGAGAUUCGCUUGUCCGCAUUUCAAAUAGCGGAUGAACUUUUUGCUAGGUCACACCAUUUCCGAUCUCUUCUUGUCUCCAAUUUUCAAGAAUUCCUGGAACUAACGGUUGAGACAGACCCUGCUGAACAGCCUCUCCCUCCACCUAAGGAAGCUGCUCAGAAACUGAAGAUAAUGGCCAUAAAGUCAGUACAAGAAUGGCAGAGCAAGUAUGGAGAAGCCUACAAGAAGCUUGCUGUAGGGUACAAUUUUCUAAGGCAUGUUAAAAAGGUUGAUUUCAAUGAUGUAGAAGCUAGGACUCUGGCAGAAAGGAAGAAAGCAGAAGAAAAACAGAAGAGGCUUGAAAACAUAUACAAGGAUAAAGUUUGUAAAGUUGAAAAAGAAAUGGGAGAAAUGGCCUCAGAGAUUCAGGAAUGUCUGACUGAAAUUGACAAUUGCUUUAAGCUUCUGUUGUUGGAUCCUGCUGAUUUUACUUUGGAUGAUUUUAUACCCUCAUCAUACAAACAAAAUAAUUUUGAAAAGUCUACAUCUACUCAGUUGAUAAGUAAUAAGCAGUUGGUCCCGCCUGAUAUUGAUAUUGAUGAUGAAGUGCCAUGUUGUAGUAAGGAUCUUCUACCUAUGUCCAUGUCGUCAGAAGACAGGAAAGUAAGUGAGCCCACUGUAAAGCACAUGGCCAACCAGCAAACUAAGGAUAGCAGUGAUGAUGAGUCUGAUACUGAGCAAAAUUCUGGCCAUGAUAAUGAAACAUUCCUCCGGAAUAAUGGCAUUAUUUCAUAUAAAUACAGCCUUGAUCUGGACAUAUCCUCAGGUUUAAACAUUAAUGAGAAUGAAAACAAUGAAGCAGUGGUUGCUACCAUACGAGACUUGCAUAGAUUAAUUACGACUAAGCUUUUGCCUUCAGUUCAGUCUUGGAUUCAGAUAUUUACUAAAGCUGGAAUAAAUGAUGACCGAAUGAAACGUGCUAUUGAUUUCAAAAAAGCAUUAGAAAUCGCCAUUAAGAAACAUGAAGAUCUACAUAUUAAUUAUAAACGGAGAGAGAGAAAAGUGUUGAAAGCAAGUCAUGAUGAUGAUGAGGAGGAGGAGGAGGAUGAUGAUUUUGAAGAAGUUCCUGAAAAAGAAGGUUUUGAACCAACUAUACCAGACCACCUACGUGAGGAAUAUGGCCUUGAACCUUCUCAAAAAGUGGUAAUGCAGACAGCUGCUCCUGACCCCCCACCACGACCAAAGAGGAGGGAUAACAGUGAAGAGAUGGAUCCAACUUGUGCUGCAGCCACAUUAAAGAUCUUUAGGAACAAACUGCAAUCUUCCCUUUCUUCAAGCAUGUCUAAAGCAUCUGAGUCAAUACUUUCUUCACCAAAAGCCAGCACUGAGUCAAAAAAACAGGAUCAGGAGUCUGCAGCACCAGUCAUUCCAUUUGGGCUAGAUCUCUACUACUGGGGAGAAGAUCAACCUACAGCAGGUAGAAUACUUAAGUUUAGCUCCCAGCAUCAGUUCUGGGUGCCACAUGAAGUAGAAGAGGAAGUGGAAAAUAAGGAACUUGCAGCCAUGAUGAAGACAAGGUAUAUCACAUUUGCUGGAAAAUUUGAGCCUGUAAAGCACAAAUGCAAAGCGCCCAUGCCUAAUGGUUCUCUGUGUGAGCGCCAAGAUCGUGUCAAAUGUCCUUUCCAUGGACUUAUUGUUCCUCGAGAUGACUUAGGGAAUCCAACCAACCCUGAAGACAUUGUUCGACUUGAAAAAGAGAAGAAAGCAAAACAAGAGGCUCAGCCAGAUUGGAGAGACCCAGAAAUGAUGAGAGAAAUUGAAGCUGCUACUGGAGUGGAUCUAGGCUCCGCAAAGAACUUUGGAAAAGGAAAAGGCUCAGGAAAGGCAAAGAAGAGAAAAUAUCCUAACCUCACUGAUCUUAAAAAAAGAUCAAAUACAACGAGGUCAAGAUUGGAGAAAAGAGUAUUUAACAAAGCGGCAGUGAAACGCGUGACGGAAGCCAUGAACAGGAUUGAUUCGAGGAAGCAUGAAAAGUUUUCCAACCAGUUUAACUAUGCAUUGAAUUAAAAGGAGACCUCAGACAUUUUCUGGCUGUUAUGAACAAACCACCUGGAUGAAGUCCGUGUGGUUCAUCGCACUCUUUACUGUUUAUAUAAAAAGAACACUGUUUUUACUCGGCUCUUAAAAGAAUUGAAAAUAAGUGAAAAAUGUAUCUUGUACCAUAAGUCUUUUUUUUUUUUUUGAAACCGCUUUUGUGUGUUUUUACAAAUUUCAGAAAACUUUGUCACAGUGUUUUUAUCUUUUUAUGUGAAUUAUUUAUAUUGCCUGCUAAACCUUUUGAGCAAAUGAAACACACAGCUGCCUCAAAGUUACUUCAAGUCUCGGUAGCCUGACUUCUUUGCUUAGGUGUGGUUGCAGCUGCACUUUUUAUUACCUCUGAUUUUAGUGCAUCUUAGGGGGUUUGUAAUUGUGUUCAUGUACAUCAUGGCUGGUGCCAUCAUAAAAUGGGUGGGAGCCUACAUUUUAAAAAUAGCUGUGCCUUUCUGCUCCCUAGCCAUAUUAAAAGGUCAGCGGCUUA